CGCAACGUAGUAAUUUACCGUUGUCAUUUACAGUGUUUGUGAAAAAGUUAGCUUUGACAAGAAGUAAUUCGCUUAUGACUCAUCUCGUCCUAAAGAGGGCAGUUGUAGAGAGUAUUUUCGUGUUGACGAGAGCUAAAAUCGGAUGAAGCAGUACAAAGUAUGGCGAAUCCUCCGUGGAACAAAGGACCAGUACAAUCAACCUCCACAGCGAUUUCAUAUGCUCGAAAAAGACCAACUGUUGGUGCCCACAGUCAUCCCUUACCAGCUAUAACAGAUGCUUCAGAAAAGGGAGUGCGUAGGAAUAACAGUCCGGCACAUGAGGGCGGCCGUCUAAGACAUCUUGAAGGACGACUGAAUGUGACUGAUCAGUCAAAUAAGGCAUUAUUAGAGGAACUUGUUCGUUUACAAGGAGAACUGAAAGGAAGUAUACGACGUAAUGAAGACACUUUGAGGGAGGAAAGGGAAGAGAGGCUUGUUCUGUCAGAAAAAAUUAGAUCAGCGAAUAAUUUGUACACUCAAAUGAUGAUGAGGGUUGCACGUGCUGAAGAAAAACUUGAAUCAGAGCACAACACAGUAGGGACUCUUGUUAACCACACCAAGCAGAUGGAACAAGCUUUAUUAGGAAAUCAACAGCAGUUACUGAGUCGACGAGAACAGCUUCAUGUUCAUGUGGAACGAGUCAAAGAUGACAUGGAAGACGUGAGAGAAAGCCAAGAACAAUUACAGAAAAAUAUGAGAGCUCUAAUUGAUGACGUGAGAACAAUGAAGAGCAAACAUGAAGUGCAGACAGUACAGUUUGGUACUCUAGUACAAGAAAUAAGACAAAGGAUGAAAAAAAUUGAGGGAGACACAAACAGUGCAAUGUCUUCUUUGAAGAAACAACAUGAUGAUCAGAACACUAAAGAAGCCAAUUCACUUCAGUUCAAGAGUAUUGUGGAAGCAAGAUUAGCUGACAUAAAAGAGAUAACCAGUGAAUUGAGGAGACGCAUUGAAGCUGAGGAAGGGGAGAGAAGGGCAGCUAGUCAGCAGAACCAGCUCAGUAUAGAGCAGUUGAGAGCUGUUGUGCAGGAAAGUCAUCAUCAGAGAGAACAAGAGUUAUAUGCACAGUCCAUGAAUUCCAAGGAGAAGGAGGACCUUCUUGAGAAUGAAAGAAGCAUGAUCGCCAGUAAACUGGCAGAACUUUCAGAUGAGCAGAGUAAAAAGAUGUUACAGAAAGAAAUAAGACUAAGAGAAGAUGCUCAGUCAAAGUUUACUUUGUUAGAAAAGAAAUUACGAGAGGAACAAGCUGCCAGGCUUGUGUUUGAGAAGGCACAGCGAGAGGAGAUGGAGAGACGUUGGCAGUCACUCAAAGCUUACAUCGACGAAGAAGCACAAUCGUCUAGACAGGCUCAGCAGGUUGCACAGGCAAGGACUGACCAGAGUCUUGUGCGACUUAAUGAGUCUAUAACGUUACUUGAAAGACAAAUGGAGGAAGGAAGGAAGGCAAUAGAACAAGUGUUACAUGCUGAAAUCACAUCAAGGCAAUCACAAAGUGAGAAACUAUCCAUCAGAUGUAAUCAGCUACAGGACAAACUAAACAUGGCCAUCAGCACUUUACAACAAGCAGUGGGUGGAGUCAACUCACAAGUCUCAGACAGUGUUUCUAAGGCAAAAGAAGAAUUGAUCAGCAUGAUGGACAAGAACAGCAACACAGGGGUCAAGGGAUUAGCAGACAUGGACACAAGACUUGCCAAGUUGAACAAGCGAGUAGGAGAGAUGGAAGAUGUUCUCAGCAAACUGGAAAAGCGGAUUAAAAAAGUGGAUUCUCAAAAAAAAGAGCAUGGUAAAUUAGACAAAGAUGAUCGAGACAGAAGCAUAAGUCAGAUGGCCAGUUGGCGCCAGGACACUGAUGAGCAGUUUAGAGAAUUACAAAACAAGCUUAGGCCACUUCCUGAUGAGAUUGCUCUCCUCCAAAGACAGAUUGCAGGACUGAAAGCUGAUCUGGAGGCCAAGGAGGAAGAAGAGAGGAGAAAGGCAGCAGAGCAACCGCCUCCUCCAUUUGUUCGGGAGACGGAGCCUGAGCCGGAGCCGGCACCAACGCCGACGCCGUCGCCGCGGGCGGCGACAGAGGAGCCUGAGGACACCGCAGACUUACGAAAUAAGGUGCAGAAACUGGAGGAAGAAGUGCAACAGACUUCUUCUCAAGUAGCCAAACUGGAAAAUACAGUUGAGACCUUACGUACAGUCUUGACACAAAAAAUACAAUCAGAGGCUCAAACGCGGAAUGAAGAACAGGAUGCCAUUGAACAAGACGUAAACAAAGUUAUUCGGUAUUACCUUCAAGAUCAUCGACGUGUGUUCGUUAAACACAGACACCCCAACGUUUGCAUACCUCAAUAUGUGGAAGGAGUUGGAAGAAUGCGAUUCGCCCUGUUGGAAGUCAACAAGUGGGGAAUCUACCAGUCAUGGAAGAUGCUGGCCAUCAAAAAGGCGUGGUAUCGCCUUUUGGAGAAGAAAGAACAACGAGAGAGCGAAGAAAAAGCCAGCGCUUCGACUUCUUCACGAACGGAAAAUAAGGCGCCUAGUAAGAGGACUGAAGAUAGCGAAGAUGACGAUGACGAUGACGAUAAUGAUGACGAUGAUGACGACGACGACGAUGAUGAUGAUGACGACGAUGACGACGAUGAUGACGAUGAUGAUGACGAUGACGAUGAUGAUGAUGAUGACGAUGACGACUCAAGGCGCGGCGGUAAAAGCAAGAAAGGAAAAAAUAAUAAAGGAAAAAAGGGCAAAAAGUGAGGAAGUAGAGGUAAAAAUUGAGAAAAAUCAAUUACCGCAAAAAAAACCGGAUACGAAAAAAAGUUGCUAAGAUAUUGCUUCAAAUUAUAGACCAUGCGUAUUCCCCCUUUUUCAGCGAAGUCUUUUGCGCUAGCAAAAUAGUCUUUGCCGGAAAGGAGGGACUGCUCGUGGGUCUACGUUAACUAUGACUUACGUUUGUUGCUGGUGUUGAUCUUCGUUAACCUUUUCACUCCCACAAGUGACCAAGACAGAAUUUCUCCUCACAGUAUCAAUUCAAUAUCAAGCAGACUAGUGAUGAGAAUAACGAAAAACAGUAAUUAGGGGAUUAUUAGUUGAUCCAAUGGUAGAUUCUCCAAACUAACAUCACAAGAACUAUAUGGCAGACAGUAAGGAGAAUUACUAAUGAGAUCUUGGGAGUUUAAGGGUUAAUUUCCAUUUUUAUCAUAGAUUCGCUAGUUCAUAACGAGGAUCCAUAAAAUCUUCAGGCGUCGUUUUCCACUCUCAAUAAAGAAGAUACUGUGGUUGUCUCCGAACGAGAGUGCGCUCGGCGAGUUACGGCAGAUUUUGUCUCGUAAAUAUUUUCAUUUGUAUGGGCUCUCAAAUAUAUUUCCGGUUGAAAAUAUAUAAUCAAUUUCGCUGGUUUGAUUUGUUUUGCCCAUCAUAGUAUAUGGCAUCACGUGCAUUUACAAAGAUCUCCCUUUUUAUAGUAUAAUAUAAAAUCUAUAUGACAUAAUGUAUACUUCUUCUGCAAAGAGUGUGUGUUGCUUAAAACAAAACUUUUCAAUUGCAGUAGCUCACCAGGUGAGCGCGUAUAUGAACAUGUAUAGAUCUGGUUAGCUGGGCUGGACCUUAGCUAUAGCAGAUUCGUAGUUUCAUAGUAUUAUUUUUGGGUUUCAACACCCGUAGUCGUUCGUAUCGGGAAAAUAUUUGUACCGUAAUUUUGGAUUUUUAGUUAAACAUUGUCGUAUAAACUGAACUUUUAAAGGGGCGAGCGGCAUGCUAACUGUACAUGUGCACGUCAGUAUAAAACGUUCAAGCAAAAGCAGAGAGUCGAUUUAUGACUGUGAUCGGUCUUAUGUCCAUAGGUAAAAUCCUUUAGGAAAGCAUAGUACCUUAGUAACGCAUCUACUGAGUGAAAAGUGGCUAAGUUUCUUGGUGUGAACUGAUAUUAUACUAAAGAGAGUGGGAUUGUCAUUGUGACUGUGUGUUCGGUGACUUUCCAGUACUUAUCAAGGUUGUAGUUGUAAGAACUGUGUUAUAUAUAUUUAUUAAAAUUCAGAUGCUUUAAA